AGACUAUCAAUGGAGAAGGCCGACAGCUUGUGCUAAAUUUAUUAAAGUAUUUUCAGGAAGAGAAUGAAAACAGCGGUCCCCUGUUACGCACUUCAUGCGUACUGGAGAGAAUAACAGAUGCUCUGAAGAUUAGUCUCCGCAGUGUUCCGCCCAUGAUACGGAGACUCGAACUGUUUAUUUAUUUCAUGGCGUUGAUGACGUAACCGCCAAGAAUGUUCACUACAACUAUACCUAACCUAAAACCUACUAUUUACACUUGGCAAUAAAGGAAUAUCAGAGAAGGGCAGUUUCCUCUAUCUUUAUAGCAAUUAUUAAAAAUAUGUUUGUCAUGUGUUUAGGAAAGAACUCUGAUACUUUGUGUCACUUGUUUUUUUUAAAAGCAUUAUAGUUACAUAUAUGUAUUUAUGUAAGGCAAAAUCUAGAAAAAUAUUUGCAAUACCAAAAAAUGUGCUCCUCGAAGAAGAUCAAUAUAAAGUGAAAAAGUGCAGCAAUGAAGAGAUAUUGCAGUUAAAAAUAGAUGUUAUAAAGCUUGAAGAGGAUCUAAUAAAAGAACAACUGCUCCUGUCAAAAUGCAAACGAUUGAAUGAAAUGAUCAAAAGUAACGUAACACCCAUGUAUGAAAAAGUGAAUGAUCUGUUAUCAACACCUCAUAAUAGGGUUUCCAAAAAGAACGAAAUUUCUAUUGAACAUAAAAAAGAGUUAGAUGAGACUUCAUCAGUAGAUGAAAUACAGAGGAUAGUAAAUUAUAAGAUGAUGGGAUAUACUUUACUAAAUGGUGCUCCAAAAAGCAUGAUUACUGAUUUGCGAUUGUCUUCUUGAGUUAGUACCUGUAAUUUUUGUUCAAUAAUCUGAAUUGGCAAAUUGAAAUAUUAUUCACAUUGCCUUGGUUGGUACUCCUGUGUAUAAUCCUUAUUGUUAUUCUUUGUCUGUUGCCUUAAUAAAAUAAAUAAAUCUGAUUUAUUCUAACUUAACAGCUUUCCAGAAAAAAUAUGUGUACAAUAUAUUUUUUGUUUUGUAGUGCCUAAAUAAGCUAAUUAUGUAGACUGUACCACUUGUAUGUAUCGAUGUAUUGCUAUUAUAAUUUUCCACUUAAGUAU